AUGUCGAAUGAAACGCCAUGUCAAAGCAAAAUCGACUUUGGCCCGCAGACAUUGCGGCGAUUUUGCAUGGGUUUGAUCGGCGCCGGGAUCGACUGCUUCGCGUCGUACUGCCUCAGCAAGCAGGGCAAGAUGGGCAUCAACGUGGACGGCUACAGGUUCCGUUUCAACGGCUGCGCGAGGAACGGCAAGAUACGCUGGCGCUGCUCCAGGGGCCCCUGGUGCAAGGCGGCGCUCCACACCUACCGCGGUAGGAUCGUCUACAUACAGAGCACGCACAACUGCGGCCCGAGACCGCCGGUGGCC